AAGUUUACAUUUCUAUCUGUGACAUAUAUAUAUAAAUGUGUUUAUAAAACAUUGUAAAUACAAUUGAAAAUUAAAAUUAUUCAUUAUGCCAAUUUUAGAUAAACGUAAAGGAGAUGAUAUUUUGGCAUUAGUUCCUGCUUCAAAAAGAACGAAAAAUGAAGUGGUUUUUAGUAGUAGAGAAAAAGCGGUCGUACAAAAUGGCCCACCUAGAACAUCUUCUUUGUUUGCACCUAUUAUGCUUCUUGAAGGACAUCAAGGAGAUAUAUUUUCUCUCGAAUUUCAUCCAGAGGGUCAAUAUCUUGCCUCAACUGGCUUUGAUAGACAAAUUUUUAUUUGGAAUGUAUAUGGAGAGUGUGAAAAUAUUUCUGUAAUGACUGGACAUAGUGGAGCAAUUAUGGAAUUACAUUUUAGUCCUGAUGGCAAUCAUUUAUAUACUGCUAGUACAGAUAUGACAUUAGGUUUAUGGGAUAUAGCUGUUGGAACUAGAAUAAAAAAACUUAAAGGUCAUACUUCUUUUGUGAAUUCUGUAUCUGGAGCAAGGAGAGGUCUUACACAACUUUGUUCAGGAAGUGAUGAUAGCACAAUACGUGUUUGGGAUCCCAGAAAAAGAGGACAAUGUUAUACUUUAAAUAACACAUAUCAACUUACUGCUGUAACAUUUAAUGAUACAGCAGAACAAGUAAUAAGUGGUGGAAUAGAUAAUGAUAUAAAAGUAUGGGAUUUAAGAAAAAAUUCAAUUCUUUAUAAACUAAAAGGGCAUUCUGAUACAAUAACUGGAUUAAGUCUUAGUCCAGAUGGUUCUUAUAUAUUAUCUAAUGCUAUGGAUAAUACAUUAAGAAUUUGGGAUGUAAGACCAUUUGCUCCUUAUGAACGUUGUGUAAAAAUUCUUUCUGGACAUCAGCAUAACUUUGAAAAGAAUCUUCUGAGAUGUGCAUGGUCAUUAGAUGGUAGUAAAGUAUCAGCUGGAUCAUCAGAUAGAUUUCAUUAUAUUUGGGAUACUACAAGUCGUAGGAUAUUAUACAAAUUGCCUGGUCAUAAUGGCUCUGUUAAUGAUAUUGAUUUCCAUCCAAAAGAACCAAUUGUUUGUUCUGGUUCCAGUGAUAAACAAAUAUAUUUAGGUGAAAUAGAAACUACACAAUAAAUAAAUUAAAAUUAUUUUCUAUGAUUUUUGUAUU